AUGCCUCCAAAAAGCAAAAAGAAACGUAAUAGCAAAGACUCUACAUCAAGCAAUGGUGCCGAAGGCGAGGAUAAGAAGAAAAAGGAUGGCGCUGGGGGUGGUAAAAAGAAAGGAGGCGUGGGCAAGUCUAUAGGUUGUGAUAUUUUCAACGAUGCCGCCAUGGACAAUGCCUAUUAUGUUUGUCAUAAUGUGCAGGAUGUGCUUAAGUCGCGUGGAUUCUCCUGGCCGGAUGGACAAAAGAAGAAAAAGAAGGGCAAGCGCUGAUGAAUGGAAUUUAUUUAAUUACUUUAUGC